AUGGCUGAAAAUGAGAUCUUAGAAGACCAAGAGAAGCUGAAGAGGGGUCUGGUGAAGGUUCUGGAAUGCGUGGCCACCAUCUCGUCCGCAGCAGCGGUGGUCAAUCCCAUCUUCGGCGUGGCUGGAUCUCUCAUCCGAGUGGUGCUGCACCACGUGGACGACGAGGACAUCCAGAAACUCAAGCGCGAGUUCGGCAGCGUGAAUCGAGCAAUCGACGAAAUCUCACAGCAGAACCAGAACGUCUUGCUUCAGAUCCGGAAGGAGACCGUGGACGGCCUGUACUGUCGCGUAGAAGAAAACAUCCGUAAUCAGUUCUCCAAAUUCAUGGACACAGUGGAGGUAUCGGCGGCACAUGAACACCGCAAGAAAGAGUUCGAGAUGAGCUUUGUGGUCAAUCAGUGUGACCAGAACUUGUACACGCUGUACGGCGGGGUGUUGGGCGAGACCAAGCUCUUCAGUCAGCCCAUCCUAGACGUCUACAUGAAGCACUCGCAGGGUGACCAGCGCGUCAUGGAAAACCUCUGCACUCGACUCACGUACCUGUUCUGCAUCGGCCUCAUUGCUCUGAUGAGUUACGCUGCCAUCGUCGGGGAUGAUGAAGAAGCUCUGCGCAUCGAGUGGGAAAAGAAAAUGACAGACGUGGCCAGAAAGAUGUCAGAAGUGUUAAAAAGUUAUGAGUGAUUCUGCCUCAUGUGACCUUUUCCACAACGUCUCUUUUUUACCUUUUUAUGUUCUAUUUCACCUGUCAUAGUAACUGCUGUCCGUAGUUGUCUUAUCCAUUCACUAUCACUGCAAACAAAAUACUAAUUCUAGCUUAGGUUUUUGUUUUCAGCCAAAUAUAUUCUUACAUAAUGAAUGAUUUCUAGACAAGUAAAUAUUAUAGUCUA